GUAAACAUCCUAUCUCACGGAGUGGUGUUUGAUUUUUUCCGAUAUUUCAGUCUGUACGUGGAGGCAUCACCGCGACCGAGUCCAGCUGAUGUGAGUGAAAAUAAUUCACGUCCACCUGAAGGAAGCGACAGACAGACACACACACAGAAAGACAGCGAGGGACACCGGUUUUUACGUCGGAUCUGUCUGAAUGGAGGAGUGUCUGAAACAUGACCACGACCAUGGAGAGCAGUAUGUCCAACACCUGCUACUACAACCAAAAUGUCACCUUUUUCUACAACUGGGUCGGUAAGAGGAUCAGUGUGGUGUGGACGACUCGGGACUUUGUGGUGAUCGGACUGGGCUUGACUGUGUGUUUCAUCGUAGUCCUGGCCAACCUGAUGGUGAUGGUGGCUAUCUUCAUGAACCGCCGCUUUCACUUCCCCAUUUACUAUCUCCUGGGCAACAUGGCUGCAGCAGACCUAUUUGCCGGCAUUGCCUAUGUCAACCUGAUGUUGAACACAGGCCCAUGGACCAGCACGCUCACAAAGGAGCAGUGGUACAUCCGAGGAGCCCUGAUUGACAUAAGCCUGACUGCCUCUGUGGCCAACCUGUUAGCUGUGGCUGUGGAGCGCCACCAGACCAUUUUCACCAUGCAGCUGCACAGCAAAAUGAGCAAGCGCCGGGUGGUGGUGCUGAUAGUUUGCAUUUGGGCUGUGGGCAUCAUCAUGGGCCUGGUGCCGUCCAUGCUUUGGAACUGUGAGUGUCAUCUGGAGGACUGCUCCACUGUCGCUCCACUUUACAGCCGGCGCUUCCUGAUCUUCUGGGCAGUUCUGAACUUGCUCACGUUCCUCAUCAUGGUGGCCAUGUAUGCGCGUAUCUUCAUCUAUGUCAGAUACCAGACUCGGUACACUUCGCAGCACACUUCAGAGCACAGCCAAACUGUAAUCAAGCUGAUGAAGACUAUCUCCAUGGUUCUGGGUGCCUUUGUAAUCUGCUGGACUCCCGGCCUCAUGACUCUCUUACUGGACGGGCUUCUAGGUAAAGACAGCCACGCCAACGACUACGAGAAGUUCUGUUUGGUGAUAGCGGAAUGCAACUCUCUGGUCAAUCCCAUCAUCUACUCCCUGCGGGACGAGGAGAUGCGUCAGACGUUUAAGCAGAUCCUGUGCUGCCUGUGUUGGAGAGGAGGUGAUGGGCAGAGGGAGCCUUCACCUCUUGAGAUCGACUCGGCAUUACCUGAGGAAGCUCUUGGCUGUGCCCAGAAGUCAGAAGAUCAGGCCUUGUGUGCACUUCAAGACACAAACAAAGAUGGCGGUUGGACAAUGCCAGGUGUGUGACAGCUCUAGGCCCACAUAGAAAAUAACAAAAUGAUUUUACGGUCAUCUAAACAAGAUAUAUUGUGUAAAAUUGAUUGAAACUGACAAACUACCUCCUGCAUUUGUAAAUCUACCUAAAAUAUGUAUAAAGACGCAUUCACUACUAACCUGAAAAGGCUUUAA